GUGGUCAGAGGCAAGUUCCAUCAUUGUCGGUCAUCAGUGCAAACGAGGGUGACUAAAAAAUUUACUUACAAGGAAGCAAGCAAACAAAACAAUCUUUCGUAAACAGGCAAGAAAAGAAGAGAAAUCAAAGUUAGGUCAAUUCUAGUUUGGAUCAGCACGAGAGAUGGUUCAAUUUGCACCAUAAUUUGUAGCCAUGAGAUUAAUCUCUUCCUCGGGCUCAUAUGGUACAUUCUCUACACCAGAUUUGAGUCAUUCCAACCAUUCUCACCGUCGACCACCAUGUGCCGCUGCCGAAGGCGAAUCCUGGCGGCGGCAUUUCAUUUUUCCUUUUUAUUCUUUUUCACAUUCACAUUGUCGCACACCCACUAAAUCACAACGAGUUCGUAGCGCAUCUAUCGAACUCCGACGAAUCCGAAACGCCCCCACCUAACUCGGACAAUCUCGUCAAGCACCCACCAAACCACGAUGAGUUCAGAGCGCAUCCACACGAGUCCGUCGCGCACCCACCCGUCUCCGGCGACCCCGUCGCGCACCCACCCACCUUCGACGACCGCGUCGCACACCCACCAAACGGUUUCAAAAACAUGAAAACGACGUUUUCAAUUUCUUCUUCCUUUUUCUUCUUAUUUCCACUUGGGUUUUUGCUGUUGGGAUAUGCUCACAUGUGGGAAAACCAGAUCUAGUUUUCUUGCAGGAAAGUCGAAGGGCCGACAACUGUUUUUCUACAUGCGACUCCCGGCAACAGAUUUGGAUUUUGUCGGAUUCGGGGUAUUGGGAUUCUUGCAGUGGGGAUCGAUCGGUGGGUUUGGGCUUGAAAAAGGAAGCACUGGAAGCACAAUUGCCAACGACGACAACGACAGAUCGAGGAAUUGCAUCUUUGAUCUUGGGAUGGAAAUGAUGGUGCAUGGUGGGCGACGGUGGCUGGAAUGGUAUGUUUGGAACAAGAGAAAUAACAAAAUAGAGAAAAGAAAAACCCAAACACCGUCACUGGAAAAUGCCUCCGACAGUGAGGCAUGGUGACUGGAAUCCUCAAAUCUGAUGCAGAGAGUGUAUCAUAACAACAUGAGUAAGAGAUUAAUCUCAUGCCUCAAAUUGGAUCACCUAUCAUGUUUGUCUACCCUAGUAAUGGCCUAAAAGUUAAAAUGAGAUAA